GCUAUAAACUCAGUUACUGAGUAGCGUUUGCGAGGAGAGCUGGCACGAACUGUUAUCUGCUCCAGUCGUAACUCUUAAACGCAGCCGGUCAUUCUCUUUAAACACUCGUACGAAAAAACGCAACAAUGGUCAAAAGUUCAAAGUUUACUAAGGAAGAAGAGCUUCUUCUAGAAGAUUUCAGUAGAAAUAUCUCCAAGAAGACUUCACUCAUGUUUUAUUUGAACGCCUUCAUAGCGUCUACCAUUCCAAUUUGGCUGUACAUCAGAAUUCACAUGAUGGAGCUCAUCUCAUCUUCCCCUCUAUUUGUGAUCAUGACUGCUGCCUCAACUUACCUGCUUGCUUUUGCUUACAAGAACUCUAAGUUUGUCCUGAAGCACAAGGUGGCACAGAAGGUGGAGGAGUCCGUCACCAAGGCCGUCCUCAAACAGCUUGGUGAUAAGAAGAAGACUGUCAAGAGUGAGAAAGAUGAGCGUGUGUUGUGGAAGAAGAACGAAGUUGCUGACUCUGAAGCCACAACGUUCGCCCUAUUCUACAACAACGCCAUGUUCCUGAUGCUGGUGGUGCUGGGCUCAUUCCUUGUAUUCCGCACACUCUCGCCUUCCUACAAUUAUUUCUUCAGCAUCAUUGGGGCUGCUGGCGUCACAGCUCUCUUCUCCACUAGCACCAGCAAAUGAUUCAUUUGUUUAGCCAGCAUUGAACCUUGUACACUUAGCAACUGGGAACUUUGUAAGUUAGGCAAGCUUUAAACCAUAUGAAUCUUUUGGUUAGCUGGUGCUUCUUAAGUGAAGUGAAUUAAUUUACUCUUAUGCGUGGCUCAAACUGUUACUUUUUCAUGAAAAUAAAUUUUUUUAGAAGGUCUAUCUACGCAAAAAGAGCUAUCGGCAAAUGUAACUGAAUUUUGCUAAAUCAAUACCGAAAAAAAUUAUUCAUCUUUGGUUGUUGAAUAUUAGUUUGUCAACCUUAUCUAUGGUGUGAAAGGAAGUUGAAGUCAUUCAAAAUACAUCAUCAAUAGGGGGCAAAAUUUGGUCAGGCUUUUUAGUGCUCCGAGAAUCACUAGGUAAUGAUGCGCGAUUGCUGCUUCAUAAGUGACACGUUAUUUAUUAUAUUAUUUUCUCUUCA